CCGUCCGGACAAAGACAGUCCGUCGGCCAAUCAGACGGCUCAGCUCCACACUCCCCGUGCAAGCUAUAAAAGGCCCCGGUGCGAGUGGUCCGGGCACCAGUGUAGUUUCUCAGUUGGCGAUUGACGCAGCUGUGUUGUAACUCGUAUCCGUCAUGUCUGGCCGCGGAAAGCAGGGAGGCAAGGCUCGCGCCAAGGCAAAGUCCCGCUCGUCCCGUGCUGGACUGCAGUUUCCCGUGGGUCGUGUGCACCGUCUGCUGCGCAAAGGCAACUACGCCGAGCGGGUCGGUGCCGGCGCCCCCGUGUACAUGGCGGCAGUCCUGGAGUACCUGACGGCCGAAAUCUUGGAGCUGGCGGGCAACGCAGCCAGGGACAACAAGAAGACGCGUAUCAUCCCCCGCCACCUCCAACUGGCCAUCCGCAACGACGAGGAGCUCAACAAGCUGUUGGGCAAGGUGACCAUCGCCCAGGGCGGCGUGCUGCCCAACAUUCAGGCCGUUCUGUUGCCCAAGAAAACCGAGAGUCACCACAAAGCCAAGGGCAAGUAAGCGGACUCGGAGCUCCUGGGGCCGAAAGGCUCAUUCCCGAAACCAACGGCUCUUUUCAGAGCCACCCACCCUGUCAGCAAAAAGGGCUGUUGCCGAAUCCCGGUCCCGGUCCCGGUCCCUGUCCCUGUCCCGCUCCCUAUGGGAAUCCGAAGGCGGCGUGACUUGUUGCACACGUCUCCCCGCUCCUAGCACGAACCGAAACCAACCACCCACCAAACCGAGUAAGAUGGAAAAGUCGCUGCUAAAUUAGCGAGCUCGGGUCGAGACCUGCAUCUCGCUCUAGCCUCACCCUAACCUCGCCUCCCGUGUCCCGAAGGCCGUGGAUAGCGCCCAGUGCCACUUUACUCUGGUCAAAAGGUGGCAAAGUUUCCCUAGCACCAAAACACCCCUGGCGGAAACGUCGGUCAGCAGCUGACUCGUGUCCGCGGGGUGGGGACACAAAAGCCUUGGAAAUCGCUAAGUGCCGCUAGCUUAAGCUUUCCCGCAGAUAACUUGGGAGCCAGGCUCCUGGCCAAUCCACCGCUUAGGCGGGCUUUUCAUGCGCUGCCCGGAGCCCUACACACAAUGGAAGCCUGCGGGGCGGGGGCGGAGGGGGGGAUUGCGAGGGAGGGCUGGCUCCCGGAAGUAGUACCGCACAACUUUAACACGGUUCUUAAAGGAGGGAGAAGGUUGAAAUAAAAAAAGCGCCUCGUUCCUGCCCUCA